AUGGCAUCGAAAAGUUUUUCAGCAACUACGGAUCAAAUCUCAGGCAACUAUCCCAAGGCGCCUGGUUACGAGAGGGGGCCAUUAUCGCCGAAUCGUGGUAAUGAGUCGUCCAUGGGAAGGCUUCGUACCCAUUCAUUGAAUAUGGCCCACUUAGACCUUGGAAGACGUUGUAAUGUCAGCAGCUUCGAUGCGGCCCCUGGCACAUCCCUUCCAUCACAUUCAUCACUUUGUCGCUCCGACAGUGGAUUCCAUGCAGUCACAGGUGACUGGUCAUUGUUUUCCGUUGUCGGCAUUCUUUACUACAACUAUCACUGCAAUUUUUCCCACAAAUUGUUUAAGUUACCAGUCGGAUCGUCCGGCUAA